AUGAAGCUUAUAAAUAAUAUUUAGAAUCACAUGAAACAUAUGAAUGAGCUAUUACAUUAUAUAAAAUAAUAUAACUUAGCAAGAUACUAUCAAAAAAUUCAAGAAAAUGCAAAUUUACAAGAAAAUAAUUAAUCAAUACAAAAAAAGCUAAUCUAAUAUAAAUUAAAUGUAGAUUAGGAAGAAAACAUCAAAAAAGAUAUGGAAUCUUAAGAUAAAUUAUAGAGAUAAGAAAAUAUUUUACAUAAAAGGUUUAAUAGGAUGAAAAUAGAUGUAAUGGAAAAGAUAGAGAAGAAAUAAAGAAGUAGAUUGAAAUUAUAGAAAAUCAAAUAAAAAAUAAGAAUACUUAGUAAAAAUAAGAGCUAAUUAGAAAGAUUAUUAAGGUAUAAAAGAGAUUAUUAAUAACAGAUAAUAUUNA